CUAAUUCAUUUAAUAUAAAUUUAAAAUAUAAUAACUUAUAAAUAGAACACGGAUAUUUAUGCAAAUGCAUAUUUUUACAACAAAUAGAUAAAGAAAUGAUACUUGAACAGAAAUAUCUUUUAUCAUUGUUUUAUCAUCGUUACAUUAUGCUCCACAUUGUAGAAAAAAAAAAAGCAUUUGUGAAAUGCGAAAUCGUAAUCCAGAUUUUUCCAGAGAUGCUGCACAGUGAGACGUUUGGUUCGUUAAACAGAAAAUUAAUCUUCUCGAUUGCUUAGAAAGUUUUUCAAUGGGAGGGGACGCCACCAGCCUUGAAAAUCGUUUCCUCCAUCGACCAACCAAGUGAUCGCCACCUCGUUGGAAAAAAAGUGUCAAGGACGCGAUAAAUCGCCAAUUUGGAAUUUUAAGCGUAAUUUGGCCGAUUGGUCCUCGACACGACCUGUCGAUCUCCUUAAAUGGAAACGAUAAUUCCUACGAUUAAAGAGCCUCAUCUCGAUUGGCCAAAUUUGAAAUCACAAAUUGGCGAUUUGUCAGAGGAGAGGAAUCCUCCAUUUUCUAUUUUCAUCUCCUUUUCCUUUUUCUUUUUUUCUUUUUUAUUUACCAGACACGUUUCAAUGAGAUCAGCGAUUCAACGAUACUAUUUUUCCAACAAGAUAAUCGUGUCAAGAGAUCAAAUUUGUGCAAAGCUACACGAUAAAUAGAGUAUAUAAAUUCACGAAAGUGGAAUCAGUUCCCGCGAGUGAGUAAAGCGAAGAGAAGAUGGGCGAAUUUAUCUUGUUAUUCGUUCUCUCGAUUGUUUCGUUGUUCGUAAUCGGUGCAUCGGGAUUUUAUAACUGCGAGUAUAUAAACAAUUGCAAUGUGUGCACGAAUAAUGGAAGCUUGGUGAAGGUUAGAAGGGACGUGGACACGAUAAAUAUCUUCGAAUUGAAUCUAACAUCUAUCGACGAGAACACGUUCGAGGAUAUAAUGUCCAUCAAACUGAGCUUCAGCAUCGGUAACAAUAUAUCCAGAGUGAAGAAGGAAUCGUUCAAGGGAUUGGAGAUGUUGAAAGAAUUAGAUCUGAGCAACAACAUGAUACCACUCUCGCCGUAUCUCUUCUCAGAAUUGAAACAGUUGCGUUUGCUGAUUCUAAAAAACAACAAGUUCAAGGAAAUACCCAAAGACUCGUUCGCGGGCAUACCCAGCUUGAAGAAACUCCACUUGCAACGUAAUUACAUCCAAUUGCUCAACAAGGAUUCGUUUUCGGGAUUGUCCUCGUUAGAUACGCUUCAACUGGACAAUAAUAGAAUCUCUAAUAUAGAUGCUGAAUCUAUGUGCCAGAUACCAAAAUUGGAAGAGCUUCAUCUGAUGAACAACACGCUCACGUCUAUCCAGCCAGGAUCCUUGGCGUGUCUGCACGAUCUGAAAUUUAUUAAUUUUGCGUUCAAUCGGUUGACCAGGUUAUCCAAGAUAGAUUUCGAGGGAUUGACAAAUAUAGAGAGCAUGAAUCUGCGCAACAAUCAGAUAGCCAGUAUCGAUCCAGAGACGUUUUCACAUAUGAAGAAAUUGCAAAACUUGUUUUUAAGAAACAAUCAAUUGACCACGAUUGAUUCUCGGCUGUUCAACGGGUUGACCGUACUGAGUUGGCUUGAAUUAAAUGAGAAUAAGAUCGACACGUUAGAGUCUGGUUGCUUUGCUGAUCUUAACGAGCUGCGUAUAUUGCAUCUUGAAGAUAAUAAUUUGACCAAAGUGGACAGGGGGAAGGUUGGACUGACCAAUUCGACUGAUCUGAAUAUAUUCCAAGGAAACACGACUACGAGUACAUUUAAUGAAGAGGAAGGUCAAAUAAUAAUUUUGUAUUGGUUGAUAAUAAUGGAAGGAAAAUUAUAAGAAUUUUAUAAUCGAAAUUAAUUAAGAGAAUAAUCGUAUUAGUAUUAAUUAAUACUGUUCCUAUUAAUACUAAUCUAUCCAAUCUAAUCUAUUUUUACUCGAAAGAAUAUAAUUAAAAUUUGAAAAGAUAAAUGUCAUAUUAACGAAUUUUCUAAUUAAAGUAAUAUUUUAAUUAUAAAUCUUAUAUCACCGGACUAAUAUUGCCAAUCAAUCGCAUUUGAAUCGUGUAUUUUUAUCUUUUCUCUAUCUUUUUCCUUUUUGAAUUAUUUAUAUUUGAUAGAUUCCAACGAGAUCAACAGUUUUUCUUUUUUUUUUAUUUUUUUUUUUUCAAAUUAUUCACACUAAAUACGUUCCAACGAGAUAAUCAAAAGUCAAAGAUCGUGGUCCUGAUUAAUCGAAUUUUUGCAACACUAUGCAAUAUACAAAGCAUAUAAACUCUCGAAGAUAUUAUUGUUCUCCUAUUGAGUAAAAACUUGACAUCAAGAUGGCCGAAUCUUCUCUAUUAUUUACUCUCUUAAUCGUUUUGCCGUUAGUAAUGAUCGUCGACUUGCAAUUCUGCGAAGACAUAAACUAAUACAUUAUAUGCACACGUGACAGAAACUUGACGCACAUUGAAAAAUUCAAAUACACGACAAACACCAUUUGGAGCUGACAGCUAUCGAGGAAAACGCUUUCCAACAUCUGGUGAUGACGAAACUGAGCUUCGAUGUUGGUAACAAUAUAUCCGUGGUGAGGGAAUCGUUCAAGGGAUUGAAGGAGUUGAGAAACUUAGAUCCGAACAACAACAUGAUACCUCUCUCCUCGAAUGUUCUCGGAAUUGAAACAGUUGCGUUCACUAUUCCUUAAAUUUAACAAGAUCAAGGAAAUAUUCAAAGAUUCGUUCGCUGGUCAAUACAAAUUGUAUUUCGAUUUUCAAAUAAUUGAUCAAGACUGAUCAUAAUUGCCUUCGUCAGCUCAUAUUGAAAAACAACAUCUAUACAUGGAUCCUAAAAAAAUUUACAUUAGAUUAGAUCUAUUGAUUUAUAAAUCAGCUAAGCAGUAUAAUAGGUAUAAGCAAUAUAAAAAAGAGAUUUAAAAGGAUUGACUAACCUGAGAAUGUUGUUUGCAAAUGAUAAUCAGACAACCAAUCAAGCCAGACACGUUUUCAGAUCUGAAGAAACUGGAAAUAUUGUUUCUGAGAAUAAAUAACUUGAUCACGAUUGAGAGUCAUAUAUUUAAUGAAUUGCCCAGUGAAAAAAGUCGUUUUGUCCUAUUAUAGAAUCAAUAGAGAGUAAAUCUUCCAGCGCUGAAAAUAUUAAAUUAAAUCGAACAAAGUAAUUUAACUGCAAUGGACAAGACAAAACUUGGAUUGACUUGAUUGAUUCAAUUGAUGUGCAUAUAUAAGAAUGUAGUAAUCUUUGAAUGACGUGUUUAGAUGUUAUGUAAUGUUUUGAAGAAUAUAGAAAUUAAAACAACAAA